AUGGAUUUAGAAGCCAAUUUGAACGCUGGCUGUGGAAGCAAUGGAAGUGUUUCGUUCAUUUCCAUUCCCAGCGUCGCUUUGCAGGAGCCUGAGAACGGCUCCUAUGUCCCCUGGUCUCACAAUGCUCAUGAUGACCCCUAUGAACUGAUCAACUGUGCACAAAACCACCUCAAAAACAGAAAACCCUCUGAUGUUACUGAUGAUGGAGAGAGUGAGCUGCAAGGACUGGUCUCCAAUAUUUUAGAUGAAGCUGUUUCACAGGACAGCCUCUAUAGUAAUGGAAGCCUGGAUCAGUGCAGCAACAAUAUCUGGUCUCCAAAAAUACUACGAGAUGAACUGCUACAGUAUUUUCAACCAGAGGCCAAAACUCAAUCCAACUCUAACUUUGCCCUUAGCAACUACACUUCCCUUGAUGCCGUUAGUAAACCACAGGGACAGGCAGGGAACAAAGAGACUGAAAAUAUUAGUGCGCCCCCAUGUAACGGUUUGAACACCAAUCAACAGAUGCUUUUUAAUUUACCAAAUGUAAUCCAGAACAGCUUUUCACACUCUCAAAAACCACCCCCUGGUCUCCAACUCCCUCCUGUUAUGGCCAAUAGCUACCUGCAGCUACAACCAAAUAAUUAUGAAAAUGGGCCCCUCAGUAAGGACAGAGCGAAUGGGGAAAAUAUUGGAAACUUCUCUGAUUUUAACCACGUAUUUAGACCUCAAAAUGAUACAAAUGGUAGUGAUUUGUUUUAUAAAGACCACUACAAUCAACUCAUGGACAAACCAGCGACUGCCAAUAAGCAGUACACCUCUCAAGAUCUCAACCAGCUCGUGAGCAGUUUCCUCUCCUUUGUUACCAGUGAACAAGACAAUACCAAGUUUGCAAAUGUGCGUGAAGACAACAUGACUGACACAUGGGAGAGUCCAGAUACUUGUAUGCAGACUAAUCGUUCGGCGUACAUGCAAGGACCACUAGUUACAGAUUUUGGGAUAGAGAGAACCAACGGAAAAAGGAACCAACUGUUCAAGCGGGAUUCACUUCAAGAUUUGUCAACUUACAACUUGCAAAAUUCAGAGUACCCACCACAACAGAACCUUGUAAUGGGGAAUCACAAUAAGAUAUUACAAAGAGACAAUACUACACACUCUUUUGCCAUGAACGACUAUCAAAAGCAUCAAGUCCAACAGAGCCUGUCAAAUUUCAAACCACAAAUGCAGAAGGAGAAGAAGAGGAUGGCUGAUUAUUUUGGCGAUACUUACACCAUCCGACAUCCAACUGAAAACUUCCCAGAAGAGAAACGUCCAGCUCUAUCCCAAAGCAGUUUCUAUGACCAGCCUCAAAGAUUCAACGGAGAAAACAACAUGAUUGGUCCACAGUUCAGGCCACUUGUGUACGCUGGAAAUGACCCAAGAAGACGCCCUAAUCAAAUCCCAAACCCCAACUUUAGUUCUAGAGGUUCACUAGUGUACAGAGGAGGAGUCCCAAAUAUGGAUAUGACUGAUAUGAUGUCGACCAAUGAGAUGUCACAAUUCACCCCUGGUUUGAAUGGUGUAAUGGACAGAAGAGAAGGCACCUAUCACUGCAUGUCCCCCACCCUUAUCCCCACCCCCAUGACCCAAGGGGGACCAGUUCUCCAGCUGUACUUCUACCUGGAUAAGUGCUACGAGCAAUGGAAGAGUUUGGAGAAGGAGAGAAAAAAGACGGAGAUUGUCCUCUCAAAGACUUUUCUUGGCAAACGGACCCCGGCGGUCCCAAACUCCAGUCUACCCAAAACUCCCCCAAACCCCACCAGAGUCGACCAUCUUAUCGUCGCUCAGAUGAGGGAACAAGCCCGGGUGUCUUCACUUUUUGUCAAGAUGGAGUAUCUGUCCAAACUCUCCUUGAGCGCCAACAUCUACAGCGCCCUGAGCAAGCACAACAUGGCCAUCUAUGUGACCAGCGCCCGCCGCAAAGAGGAGAUCCUCCACAUGUCCCAGAGCCAACGAGAGCAUUUCACUGAGGACAGAGACACCAUGAUGUUGAUGACUGCACUGAAGGAUCUUGCUGCUGCCACUCGCAAACUGCGCACAGCCGUGCUGUGUGCGCUGCAGAUGACCCUCCCAAAGCCUGUGCCAAAACCAGAGCCCCCUAUUUGCGAGGAGGAGCAGGACGAGAGGGGCCCUGCUCCUUCUGAUGGGUACUCCUACAGGCUAUAGGAGCUACAUUACUGCAGUCCCUUUUAUAUUCUAGUCACAUGACCCUCUUACAUAUGUCCCUUCUGAACUGGGUACUGAAGACAAAGAAUUAUUAUAGUUACAUUUUAUCUGCAAAACAGCAAUCACUACAAAACAUGAGUUGGAAAUUUGAGCUAAAGUGAAACAUUCGUGUGUCCCAGGUGGUUGAUUUUGAAUGUUGUGAAAAUGGAUGAAAUGUGCGGAUUGUAAGGGUCAUUUCAGAAAUUAGUGUCUAUUCCAAAUUCUCUCAAACCUCUUUAUUUAAGGACACUAUUUAUGUGGGAAACGUCUUUUCCCUGCUUUAUUUAUUUAUUGUAAACUUGUUCAAAAAAUCCAAUCACUCAACAGUAAUUCAGAAUUAUUUCCCAAAUGUGCUUGAGUUAUGUGCCAAGUUUGAAGAAGCCAUUUGAAAAAGGUUCAAUGUUUUAAAAUUAAUCACAAUUUACAUUGUCUUCUUUAUCAACUGCAUUUUCUAAUAGUGAACUUUGUCACUACUUUCAGAGUUUGUUUAUAUUAAUUUGUCUCAGCUUUGGGGAAUAUUGAUUUAAUGGGUAGAAAAAUGUUUUUAAUUGCCUAAUUUACAG